AUGUUCAGCCCGGCCCAGACGAUCAGGGCGAUCCUGGCACCGGUGCUCCUGACCUCGCUUCUCUUCCCAUCGCUCUACCAGCCCUUUCUAGACUCAACAUGGUCGACCCUCCGAUAUUCAAGCUUCUACAACUGGUCGACCUUUGAGACCAUCUGGACCGUCUUCUGCUACGCCGCCAUUGAAGUGUCCAUGACCAUUGUCUUCCUCCGCCAUCCAGAAUGGCGCCUAUCUCCUUCACCAUCAUCAAAGGCCCGAGCCAAACCAAAGGGCAUGCGCCGCCCGUCUCGUCGGAUAGGCGAAAUUCUGCUCUAUAUCGCGCCUCUCCUGACCAUGGAUCUCACCAUGAUCAAAAAGUUCGCCGACGUGCCGCUGGCUGAUAUCUUGUCCUCGGGCAACUACGACGCCCACGCCCUCCUCGCCCCGCCAGACGACCACGUCCUUCUCGCCGCCAACGCCUCGCUUCCCAGCAAGUCCUUCCUCCUACCCACGCUGCACAACUUCACCGCCUCGUCGCCUCUCCAGCUCGUCCGCGCCCUACCGCCCGACGCGCCCUCCUCGCGCCGACUUGCCACGGAGCUCAUGGCGAGCUUCCUCAUCUACGACACCCUCUUCUUCGCCUUCCACCUCUCCCUGCACCAGAUACGUCCCCUGCGCCGCUGGCACGCCCCGCACCACUCCCACGAUACGGGGAUCCAUCCCCAGGUCACGAAUCAGCUCUCCGUCUUUGAGCGUCUGGGUCUCGUGCUGCUCGCCAAUUUCAGCCUCAACAUUAUUGGCAGCCAUGUGUUGACGCGUACCCUCUUUGUGCCCGUCUUUGUCUGGCUGCUCGUCGAGAUUCAUAGUGGCAUGGACUUGCCCUGGGGGUACGACAAGGUCCUGCCACAAGGAUGGGCGGGCGGUGCCAGGACGCAUAUGAAGCAUCACGCCGGCGGGGGCGGCGGGCUGGAGCCUUUCUUCUGCUGGUGGGAUAGGCUCUGGGAGGUGUGUAGAUAG